AUGUAUACAAAAUAUCUUGUUAAUGACAAAAAGGAUGAUAAAAACGAGCAUAAAAAUUUAACAUUAAUCUCAAUUUAUUAUUAUUAUUUAAAUUUUCUAAGAGAAUUGAGUGGCCAAGAAAUAAUUGACGAAGAAAUAAAAACAUCACAAGAUUAUGAAAUAAUUUAUUUUUAUUUUAUUGAUAAUGACCCCAGUAUUGAGGAUUCUCGUAAUUCUGGCUGGAAUGAAAAUUUUGAAGAAAAAUUUACAAAAUUUUCUCGCGAUGCGCUUGAAUUACUUCAAAAACUUGAAGUUGAAGAUGAGGAUAUAAGCAAGACAGAAGGUUCUAUUGAGGAGGGAAAAGCGAAAAAUAAAUGGAAAAAGCUUUGCUUGCUCCAUAAUUUUGUUUAUACUGUGUUGCAUGAAGCAACAAAGUUGGAUAAUAUUGUUUUUUUAAAUGCAGUGAGAGUUAGAAGCGGAAUAAAUAUUAUUGUAUGUUUUUAUUAUUUGCUAAGUUUGAAUGAACAAUCAUUUAAUAGAAUAAAUUUGAUAAAAAUGAAAAACAUUAUUUAA